GGUGGAAUUCAAGUCAAAAAUGAAAAAAUCAGACCGUCUUUGAAAUCUCUGAAAACUGAUAAUAGACCAGAAAAAUCCAAAUAUAAGCCACUUUGGGGAAAAGUGUUUUACCUUGACUUACCUUCUGUCACCAUAUCUGAAAAACUGCAAAAGGAUAUUAAGGAUCUAGGAGGGCGAGUUGAAGAAUUUCUCAGCAAAGAUAUCAGUUAUCUUAUUUCAAAUAAAAAGGAGGCUAAAUUUGCACAAACAUUGGGUCGAAUUUCUCCUGUACCAAGUCCAGAAUCUGCAUAUACUGCGGAAACCACUUCACCUCAUCCUAGCCAUGAUGGAAGUUCAUUUAAGUCACCAGACACAGUAUGUUUAAGCAGAGGAAAAUUAUUAGUUGAAAAAGCUAUCAAGGACCAUGAUUUUAUUCCUUCAAAUAGUAUAUUAUCAAAUGCCUUAUCAUGGGGAGUAAAAAUUCUUCAUAUUGAUGACAUUAGAUACUACAUUGAACAAAAGAAAAAAGAAUUGUAUUUACUCAAGAAAUCAAGUACUUCUGUAAGAGAUGUGGGGAGAAAAGUUGGUGUUGGUGUACAAAAAACAAGAAAAGCCCUGCAGUCCAUUUGAUGUAGAUAAGCCAUCAAGCAUCCAAAAGCAAACUCAGGUUAAACUAAGACUCCAAACGGAUGGUGAUAAAUAUGGUGGAACUUCAGUUCAACUCCAGUUGAAAGAGAAGAAAAAAAAAGGAUAUUGUGAAUGUUGCUUGCAGAAAUAUGAAGAUCUUGAAACUCACCUUUUAAGUGAGCAACACAGAAACUUUGCACAGAGUAACCAGUACCAAGUUGUUGAUGAUGUUGUAUCUAAGUUAGUUUUUGACUUUGUGGAAUAUGAAAAGGAUACUCCUAAAAAGAAAAGAAUAAAAUACAGCGUUGGAUCCCUUUCUCCUGUUUCUUCUGCAAAUGUCCUGAAAAAGCCUGAAUCAAAAGAAGAACUAGAAUUGCAGCAUAUUUCUCAGAAGGACUUCAGGGAAAAUAAUGUUCAGGUGGUGGAACAGAAUUUCCUGUAUAAAGAGACCCAGGAACCUGAACAAAAGUUUAUGUUUAUUUCAGAGCCCAUUGCCUACCCUUUGAAUGAAUUGAGAGGACUUAAUGAGAAAAUGGUUGAUAAAGGCUGUAUGUUAAAUCCAGCUGGAAAUGACAUAAAACAGAAUUUCACACAGCUACCUCCACAUAAAAAUAAACAGGACUACAUUCCUGACACUUCUGAACAUAAAUUAAUUAUAAGUAAAAAUGACUUAGAAGAACCAAGGAUAGAUGACUGUCCAUGUAGGCUACACACCUCUAUACAUGCUUCUAAUUCCAAUACGGAUAAUAGUGCAUCUCAACCAAAACAAAAGUCAGAUACUAUGCUUUUUCCAGCAAAGGAUCUGAAGGAAAAGGACCUUCAUUCAAUAUUUGGUCAUGAUUCUGGUUUGAUAACAAUAAACAGUUCACAAGAGCACCUAACAAUUCAGGCAACGACUCCAUCCAGUAGUCCCGAAGAACCUAAUGAAUGUGACAUCAAGAAUGUGAAUAGUUUACUUUGUGGUAAAAUCCAUCGAAAAGUGAAAAUAUUAUUAGGACGAAAUAAAAAAGAAAAUCUAGAACCAAAUGCUGAAUUAGAUAAGAAAAGGACUGAAUUUCUUAUCACACAAGAAGAAAGCAGAACUUGUAGUUCACCAGUGCAGUCUUUACUGGACUUGUUUCAGACAAGUGAAGAGAAGUCAGAAUUUUUGGGUUUUACAAGCUACACUGAAAACAGUAGUAUAUGCAAUGUUUUAGAUAUUUGGGAAGAGGAAAAUUCAAAUAAUCUGUUGUCAAUGUUUUUUUCUUCCCCUUCAACUUCUACAUUUACUGGCUUUUAGACUUUAAAAUGCAUAGUUUUCAGAAGCAGUAAGGAUCAUAUUCUUGAAAUUUUUAUAAAUGUCUAAAAAUUCUUAGGAUUUGCCAACUUUGUUUACAGAACCAAAUGUAAAUGUUGACAAUAAAGGUGAUGUUUGCAAUUUUCUACAGAACUGAAUACCUGUUAUAGAAAAAUUACAGAAUAAGCUUCUUUAUUUUACAU